UACACCAGCCACCGGCUCCUGUACGAUUGCUGCGCUGUGUGACGACGAUAAACUUUGGGUACAGCCUAGAAUAUAAUAAGAUCCGGGAAUUGAUAUCAGCUUGGGAGAAGGCCGGGAGAAGGCCGGGAGAAGGCCGGCACGGGUACAUCCCUUCAAUACAUAUUACUGACCGAGUUCCCGAACAACAGCAUCGAGGUCAGCUACGCCGGGGGUCACAAGGUCAGCUGAGCCGGAGUUGGGGCAUGUCCCCCGCUGACAUGUUACGGCUGACGCUCCCCCUACUGCUCUCUGUGCCUGCAGCAGGCGUAGCAAGCCUGCCUUCAUCUUCACGGGGACUGGUCCCGCACCGGUCAUCUCCGCUCUACCUGUCAACCUCGGCAGCCGCAAAAAUAAUGUUCGACCGCAGCAGCUGCAGUGGCGGUGGGAUAUCAUUACCAUCUGCAAGACCCGGGUGGCCAAGACGAGGGCAGAGAUUGCAACGGGGAUCAAAGAACAUCAAGCACCAAUUGUCGUCGGGGUGGGGAGUGGGCGUAGUUUGUGGGGCUGGUGGAGACUCAAACGCCGGCGACGACGAGAGCAGCGGAAGAAGAGAUGAUGACAGCGAAAGGGGAAAAAAUGAUGGCGCGAACAGCGCACCUAAGGACGAAGGGUCGCUCAUGGCUGAGAAGCAGGGCGCCAACAACAGCGCGGGCGAUGGUGACGAUUCGUUGCAAACGUCAGCGUUUUCUGUUUCGGCCCUCGAAGAUGAACUUCAGGCGCGUGCAGCACAGAAAGCGGCAACAACACAACGGGAUGGUGCCAGAAGCGGAGGAGGAACAACCGCCGAUGAAGGGGAAGACGCUUGGUUGCCGCGAUUCUUCCCGCCACCGUUACCGACGCAAGACGACGAAGAAGGAGAUGCCAUUCAGCCUUUGAUUGAGCUCCCUCUGGACGGGAUCCUUCUGCAGUUGUUCCCGGCUCUGCUGAUAGGUGUGUUGGGUCUUUUCCUUACGGUCGUCAUUCAGGUGGAAGCCGGCAGAUUCGACGGAAUGGUGGGCGAGGACGGCGGGGUCGUUGUUGUGACCGACCUUCGAGACACAAGAACGCAGGAGCAACCAUGAAGACUCGGAGGGUGAAGUACAACGCAUCUUUGAAACAUGGAUCUGGUAGGAGGUAUCCCUAAAUUCGUUUGAGAACAGGUUAGCAGGUGUGAGGAGGUGCUAAUGAUUAACCUCUUCUUGGUCGUGAGUUAUUGCGAGCGUUGAGAGUUGUUGGCGCUCGCCAGACUAUACGAGGGCAUGGAUAAGGUUUUUGAAAAGUGAGGCGGCAAAUGCGGCUGGGUUGUUUCCUUAGCAUUGAUCAGUUCUGAACGUUCUGGGCUCAAUCUCAUGGGUGCUGUUAUGUAGUACUUUGAAGCUUCUGAGAUCCACACAUCCUUGUUCUUGCAGAGGAGACCGAUUGUGUUGGGUACGAAACGACGCACGUACGCACGUGUGGUUUAUCUUGGCAAAUACCAAGCAUAAAUGAUGCUGGUGGUGUCCUUAAAUAUGCUUUGAUUGUGUUGCCACGACAAGCAAUACUUUCGAUUCUCCGGUUGCUUAUUGUUGCCGUAGGCGAUGCUGUCACAUGUGGGUUACUUUGUCUUCUUCAUAUGUGCAGUCUACAUUCUUGGCCACAAACG